GUCAUUCGGGUUUUUUAAAGAUUAGUUUUUCCCAGUAGGGCUCAGGAAAAAAAGCCAUGGACAGUUUGGUGUUUCUGCGGGUACAGUUGCCUCUAACAGUGUUAUUGUCAUGUAUGUUUACAUUGUCUCUCUGCAGUGAAAUGGAUUUUGUAACAUGCGGGUCGGUGGUGAAGUUGGUGAACGUGAAACACAACGUCAGAUUACACUCUCACGAUGUCCGCUAUGGGUCUGGUAGUGGUCAGCAGUCAGUGACCGGUGUGACCACAGUGGAGGACAGUAACAGUUACUGGAGUGUUCGGGGCACCAGUGACGACGCAUGUCAUCGAGGGACUCCUGUACAUUGUGGACAAAACAUCCGACUGACCCAUGUGAACACAGGCCGCAAUCUACACAGCCACUACUUCACCUCUCCGCUUUCUUCAAAUCAGGAGGUCAGUGCCUUUGGUGAGAACGGUGAGGGUGAUCAUCUGGACGAGUGGACGGUCCUGUGCGCAGGCUCCAUCUGGCAGCGGGACGAGUCUGUCCGCUUCCAGCACACGGCCACCGAGGCUCUGCUGUCUGUGACAGGCGAGCAGUACGGCAGACCUAUCCACGGCCAGAGAGAGGUGCACGGCAUGAUGGUCAGCAGCUCACACAGCUACUGGAGGACAAUGGAGGGCAUCUUCAUCAAACCCAGUGAGGCCGGAUCAAGAGAUUUCCACAGUCCAUUACACAGCGAGUUCUAGAGAAACACUUGAGCUGGAUGGAUUCUUGAUUUUAUUGAGGUGUUGUUAUUUCUUUACCUACCGGUCCUGAUGAGGAGCCUGGAGCUGUUGUAAAUGACAGUUUCAUAAUCACUUUGUGCCUCAUGCUCAUUUUUAACACUUGAAGCAUACGGUUUUAAAUUGCACAGCAUACACUACUUUUCAAACAUUUGAGGUCAGUUUUUUUUUAUCAAGGACACAUACAAUUGUAAGACUGCUAUAUCAAUCAAAUUAAGUUCUUUUAAAAUACAUGAAUACAUAAAGCAGCUAUUUUAAAUUGUAAUAUUACUGUAAUAUUACAUUCACUGUAAAAAAUCUAGCUGACUUAACUUUUUUAGUUGAAUCGAAUGACCUUUGCUAGUCAUCUCAACUUGCAUCAAUCAAACUGACUAAAAAUGUUAAGCUUAACUUUGUAUAAUUUAAAAAAUGUAGUUGAAACCUGAUUAACUUUUUAAAAUAAGUUAAAGCAACAUAAUUUUUUUUACAGUGUUAAAAUCAUGAAGAAAAUCUGACUAGCAUUAAAUGUUUUAAAUUUAGUGUAUAAUAAAGGAAACCGAAAUUCAAGCCGUUCAUCCAUUUAAACAACAAAGGCAGAAAAUGUUAAAGUUACUAAAAGAAAAUUAAAUAAACGAGCAAUAAAGAAGCAUCACAAACAAAAUAUCAGAAUUUCACAUAUUAGACAUUAAUGUUGGUGUUUUGAGCAAAUUAAUAACCUGUAACAUCAGUGUUUUCAGAAUAUAUAAUGGGCAAACAUCUGAUCACAACUUAUAAGUCAUAAAUAAUUAAAAAAAUAACAGCAACAACAAAUUUGAAAUUCAUAAAACUGCACCACACCACACACUUUCAAGUGUAAUUGAAUCACACAUUGAGCAGUCUUUAAUUGACUUGAACUGUUUAAUGCUGACCUCAGAGUGAAGUCAUUAUAACAGCAGUGCUAUAUUAUACUGCGACAGUAUUAGCAGUAAUCUCACUAAGAGACUUGCAGUUACGUGAAGAUAUUUUAGGAUAUUUUUCUAAUAGAUACCAUGAUUUCAUUAUGGUGAUUAAUGUCAUACCUAGUAACACUCUGUUGGAUGAGUGUUUCUCUUAAUGAGGCAAUAUAUAUUGAGUCGACGUCAUUUUUAAAGUGUCACUAAAACUGAUUAUUUUGGUCGAAAUUAAAACAAGUGCCUUUUAAAUCUUCAUUUGUUUACCUUGAUUAAAAUUCCUGUCUAAAUUGAGUUAUUUAAACACAAUGAAUGCUAGAAGUGACCUGUAACAUAUUUUAUGUUGAUAUGUUUGUGGUCACAGCUGUAGAACUGACAAGAAAAAGACAUUAUUAAAAAUGAAUGUGGAAGUAUUGCGCAUCAAACUGAUUACCUCAACGUAUCACAAUCUACUUCAUGCCUUCAAAAACAGUAUUUGUGUUGAAAUAUGCCAGUGUUUGUUGAUGAUUUGAGAAAAAGAUGCUGUUUUGUAGAUGCUAUAAAUUAAAGAGAUCAAAACUGGCUUCAUUUUUGUGGUGCUUUAUAUUAUAUAUAGAGAGAAACAAAUGAAUAAAGGGAUGGUUCAAUUAAA